GUAGAUUGUAGAGAUUUCAACAAACAUCAGUCCGCUUGAUAAUGUUUCAAACAAUCGAAGUAGAUUGUAGAGAUUGUAGGAAUUGAAGGAGAAGUUGAGAUGGCAGGGAAUCAACAUCGAGGUGCUAAUCCGCUUCAAAACCAAAAUGAGGAAGCAGGAGCCGAGGAAGAGCCAAAGGAAGUUGAUGAACAUGACCCAACCUCUAGUGAUCAAGUUUCUCAAAGAUAUGGCUCUCAAAGGAUACGAUUGGGGUUUGACAAGAGGUAGGAAGAGAAGCACCGAAAAAGGGGUGCAGAGUGUGGGAACAAGUUCUCCACUUGAAGCAAAGCUUGACAAGUUGAUCGAGGUGAUCAUUGAGGGCAAGAAGCAAGGGAAGGAGCCGUUGGUGCCAUAUGAUUGGGAUGCAAGUUCGGGCUAUGAGAAAGCUGAGUGCCAAAUGAUGAACGAGGAAACAACCUAUUACGAGCAGUUGAACUCUAUCUCCCCUGUGCACACUGACCGGAUGUCUUGUCUGGAGGAGUUAGUGACCACCUUUGUCGACUCCAGCUCUAAGAAGUUUGAAAAAGUUGAGAGGUUCAUAGGGGAGGAGAUAGAGAAAUUCUCAACCAUAGAGGUAGGGUUGCAAAGUCACCAAUCACUCUUGACAACCUUCACCACAAGUAUGAGGAUUAUCUCGCAGGCAGCUCUUUCCCAGAAGCAAUUCGAUGAAGCGGGAGUAAUGACGGUUACUCUUCGAAGUGGGAGAGAAGCGAAGGAGCUACCUCCGAAGAAUAAGCCGUCUGAGACAGAAGAUCAAGAUGGAGCCGGUAGUUUCCCCGAGCAACAAGGGGGCACGAGUGCAAACGGAGGGGAGAAGGUCGAUUCAGUUCCUCCACCGGAGUAGAGGAGGGAAAAAGCAACUCCAGCUAUUCCCUAUCCUUCUUGACUCCGAAAUGACCGGAUGAUGGCGGAGUUUGCCCACUUCAUGGAGUUGAUGAGCCAGUUGCACCUCAACAUCUCUUUCGUGGAGGCCUUCACCAACAAAGUACUUGCUCCUCACCAACAAGAAGAAGCUGGAAGGGAUGGAUAUAGUGACCUUGAAUGAAAAGUGCUCAGCCAUCCUACAGAACCACCUGCCCUACAAAGCGCAAAGAUCCAGAGAGUUUCACUAUCCCAUGUUUUAUUGGCAACAUGUGCAUAGGAAAAUCCUUAGCGGACUUAGGAGCAAGUAUAAAUGUGAUGCCUUAUA